CUUCUCUGCACACUUGUCUAUACCCCUGAUGGCUGUGGAAUAGGAGGACAUAGGUCUCCUCUACCAAAGGACUGAAAAGGAAAUACAAGUUGCAGUCUAUAAUAUGAAAUCUUUGCAGGAAAGUUCUGGAGGAACAAUGAGUGGACUAGAAAACCCCAUAUCAGAGAAUGGAGAGAAGCCAUUUUCAUGUCCAGAAUGUGUGAAGAGUUUUAGUCAAAAAUCAAAUCUUGAAAAUCAUAUAAAAACUCACACGGGAGAGAAGCCAUUUUCAUGUCCGGAAUGUGUGAAGAGUUUUACACGAAAAGAAAAUCUUGUGGAACAUAUGAGAACUCACACAGGAGAGAAGCCAUUUUCAUGUCCAGAAUGUGUGAAGAGUUUUACACAGAAAGCAACUCUUUUACAUCAUAUGAGAACUCACACAGGAGAGAAGCCAUUUUCAUGUCCAGAAUGUGUAAAGAGUUUUAGUCAUAAAUCACAUCUUGUGAUACAUAUGAGAACUCACACAGGAGAGAAACCAUUUUCAUGUCCGGAAUGUGUGAAGUGUUUUAGUCAUAAAUCAACUCUUGUGGAACAUAUGGGAACUCACACAGGAGAGAAGACAUUUUCAUGUCCGGAAUGUGUGAAGUGUUUUACACACAAAACAAAUCUUGAAAAACAUAUGAGAACUCACACAGGGGAGAAGCCAUUUUCAUGUCCGGAAUGUAUGAAGAGUUUUAGUCAUAAAUCAAGUCUUGUGGAACAUCUGAGAACUCACACAGGAGAGAAGCCAUUUUCAUGUCCGGAAUGCGUGAAGAGUUUUAGGCAUAAAUCAAGUCUUGUGGAACAUAUGAGAACUCACACAGGAGAGAAACCAUUUUCAUGUCCGGAAUGUCUGAAGAGUUUUACACAGAAACCAACUCUUUUGCAUCAUAUGAGAACUCACACAGGAGAGAAGCCAUUUUCAUGUCCGCAAUGUGUGAAGUGUUUUACACACAAAACAAAUCUUAAAAAUCAUAUCAGAACUCACACGAAAGAGAAGUAAUUUUCAUGUAUGAAGAGUUUUACACAGAAACCAACUCUUUUGCAUCAUAUGAGAACUCACACAGGAGAGAAGCCAUUUUCAUGCUUGGAAUGUGGAAAUAUUUUAGGCUGAAGUCACAUGUUUUUAACCUCUUAACCCCUUAACGACGAAGGACGUAUAUUUACGUCCUCCGCCGGCUACCGCGAUAUGCCGCUGGGUCACGUGGUGUCCCCGCGUCAUAUCGGGUCGGUCCCGACGGCUAUCAACGGCCGGGACCCGCGGCUAAUACAGGACAUCAUCGAUCGCGUUGAUGCCCUGUAUUAACCCUUCAGUUGCGGCGAUCAAAGCUGACCACCGCAUCUAAAGUGAAAGUAACCCGGCUGCUCAGUCGGGCUGUUUGGGUCCGCCGCGGUGAAAUCGCGGCGUCCCGAACAGCUUACAGGACACCGGGAGGGCCC